CUCCUCUCCUUUCUCUCUGCUCGGUGAGUCGCAGUAAAUCCUUUUGUGAUGCUAAACUGGUUUUGGGGCAGAGAGACUCGGGACUGUUGGAGGGAAGCUUUGGGAUUCCAGUUCGCUUCGUCUCCUCACUUUGGGUCCAGCAAACUUUCCAGCUCCUGGUCCGGGACCACACCGGUUUCAGGUCCUGGUCCGGGACUCUGGCGGCUGUUUUUUUUUUUUUUUUUAAGGCUCAAACUCCGGAGGAUCCAGGAAUGCACUUUGCAGGAGCCUCUGGUCCGACUCGUUUCCUGAACUCCUCCUGCUUUUUUAAAAAAUUAUAAAUUAAUAAUUUAAUGGUUUCUUCUCGUGAGGAGCUGUAAAUGAGAGGAGGAAAUGAGCUCGUGGAGGGUUUAGUGUCRGACUUGGUUCGGGGCUGAGGAGCCCGGUGUGGCCGGGCAUGGAGAGCCGAGGCCGGGCAGGGCUCCAGCCGGCGGCCGGAGGAGGAGAGGGAGGAGGCGGCUGGGUGCUGGUGGAGGCCCGGCUGCAGGGAGGAGCGCCCUGGGGGUUCACCCUGCAGGGGGGCCUGGAGCACGGAGAGCCCCUCAUCAUCUCCAAGGUGGAGGAGAGCGGGAAGGCGGACAGUCUGGAGCGACCCCUGCAGGUGGGCGACGAGAUAAUCAUCAUCAACGACGUGGAGCUGAGUGGAUUCAGACAGGAGGCCAUUGCACUGAUCAAAGGAUCCUACAAGACCCUGAAGCUCACUGUCCGCAG